GUCAGAACACUCCUCCUCAACCUGAGAGAGAAGCAACAGGAGCUCUGCUCUGCUCGACUACUUCUACUACUGAAGCUAAACUCUAGCUUUUACCUGAGACACGAGACGAGAACCGAACUGAAGAGUACCGAGCAGGACUGAACCAAGCUUUACGCUGAGCUGAACGGACGAAGAAAUACUAGACCUACGAAGGACAGGAAAGAACAAACGAGAUCGACUUGAUCAGAAGACCGACCAUUUGAAGACACUGCUCUCAAGAGAAUAAGGAAGAUUUUCAAGACCUGAAAUUAUUUUGUUGUUACUGACGAAGAAAGAACCAACCAUGUCUACUGGAAUGACCAUCCUGACAUCCCUCCUUUGCCUCACUCUCCUGCAUGUGGCUCUUGCCCAGGAGUGCAGUGGCCAGUGCAGUUGCCCCGAGGUGCCCCCUCAGUGUGCCCCAGGGGUGAGUCUGGUGUUGGACAACUGCGGCUGCUGCCGGGUGUGUGCCAAGCAGCUCGGCGAGCUGUGCACGGAGAGGGACAUCUGCGACCCACACAGGGGCCUCUACUGUGACUACGGAUCCCCCAGCAACCGUCGUAUCGGAGUCUGCACAGCUAGGGACGGUGCCACCUGCGUGUUUGGCGGCAUGGUCUACCGAAGCGGCGAGUCCUUCCAGAGCAGCUGCAAGUACCAGUGCACUUGCCUAGAUGGCGCUGUGGGCUGCGUGCCUCUGUGCGGCAUGGACGUCCGCCUGCCCAGCCCCGACUGCCCCAUGCCCCGCCGGGUUAAGGUGCCAGGGAAGUGCUGCGAGGAGUGGGUGUGCGACUCCCCUCACCAGCAGACCUUUGUUGGACCAGUUCUGGCAGCUCACAGAGAGGUGGAGACCUAUGGGCCUGAUCCCGCUCUAAUGAGGGAGAACUGCCUCGUCCAGACCACCGAGUGGAGCGCCUGCUCCAAGACCUGCGGCCUGGGCAUCUCCACCCGGGUCACCAACGACAACCGCGAGUGCCGCCUGGAGAAGCAGACCCGUCUCUGCAUGGUUCGCCCCUGCGAGUCCCACUUGGAGGAGAGAAUCAGGAAAGGGAAGAAGUGCAUCCGCACGCCCCGUGUCUCCAAGCCCAUGAAGUUCGAGAUCUCGGGCUGCACCACCACCAAGUCUUACCGGCCCAAGUUCUGCGGAGUCUGCACCGAUGGUCGCUGCUGCACCCCACACAGAACCACCACCCUGCCCAUGGAGUUCAAGUGCCCCGACGGUCAGGUGAUGAAGAAGCAGAUGAUGUUCAUCAAGACCUGCGCCUGCCACUUCAACUGCCCCAGCGAGAACGACAUCUUUGAGUCCACAUACUACAAGAAGAUGCUUGGUGACAUGGCAUAAGUCAUUAGAGAUCCAGAGAUGAAGGAUAGGACGAAUGCCACAACAAAGUCCCUGAAAAGACUGAAAGAAAGAAAGAAAGAAAGAAAGGAGAACAACUCCAUCCAUUGACUGUUCACUUGAAUCCAACAGAUAUCCAUCUCAUCUUGCAGCACAAUAUCUGUUUGUCUUGUUUCAGUUUUUUUUUUUCCAUGUUUGUGCAUUUGCAAAAUCUAUAUAGGUAUAUUCAGUUUCUAUAUGUACAAUUGUAUUGAUGGAUGUCUGAGGCUACUAGCCUGACAAAACGGAUGCCCCUAAUAAGGGUUCAAAAGACAGAGGGCUGCCCUGCAGCCCUAAAAAAAAAAAAUACUGCACUAUUAGUCCUACUAUGUGACAACGUGUCUUGUCACUAAUUGGCAUCAUGCCAGUUCCCCCCCCCCCUAAACUGUGGUGGUGGACACCCGACUAACUUGGCAGACUUGCAACCUCUGAGCACUUGUGGUAGCAUGAAGGCGAGAGAAGAAGGAAAAAAGGGUGAAGAAUUCAUUAAAAAAAAAAAAAGGGCCUCCUCAUGUUGGAAGGCUUAGCACCCUUUACCCACCCGAGUGCAAGUUGAAUGUGCUCUUGAAAAUUGGUCUUCACUGAGUGCGAGAGUGUUGCAGUGUUUAUGACAGGCCAAGGUCUCGGCUUCGGCCAACUCAAGCCACCCCCCACCCCCCCUCCACCCCCCAAGACAAGGAGCCUCGCAAGAAUGCUUCCAGGGUUUGCUACAGCACUGAGUUUAUUAAAGAGAGAGAGAGAGAGAGAGAGAGAGAGAGAGAGAGAGAAAGAGAAAGAGAGCAAGCGAGAACAAGAGAGAUAGAGGUAUUUGACUGACUGAUUCAUUGAGUCAGUGAUGUUUGUCAAAAAAAAAGACUGGAUGAUUUGUCGUUUCAUUCCUUUUUUAUAUUUUAAUGUUGUACAUAUUGUACAUAUUUUGUACAGUUUAAGUUAAUUUAAUUUUAAAAGCAUUUUGGUUUGUUAUUUUCUCUUGCUUUGUUAUGUUAAUUGUAAGCUUAUUGCCUGAGUUGGCUGUUCUUGUGACAGUUGUGUGUACUAUUUUAUUGAGAAGUGUGACCAAACAGUUACAUGUUUUCACUUUUUGUAGUUUGAAAUAAAAUAUUAUAUUUUUUAUAUAAAAAAA